CCUUUCACUUUUCUAAAGACUCUACGUUGCGCCUAUCUGCAACUACAGAGCGAGUAAACCGAAGAGGAAUUGUGAGUUACGCGCACACCCUCUGCUGCUCACGAGACUGCGGCAUGUGAUAUCGAUUAGAGAAACACACACACUGCAGCCUUGUUUCAACCCCACUCCCAGAGAUGCAAGAGAAGCUGGAUUCAACAUUUAAGUAAAGUCUCCUGCUUGAUGGGUCCUCCAAGAAACCCAAACAGAAGAGGAAGCAGCAGUCAGUAACCUUGUCACAUUUGAAUGAAGCCUCUCUCCAAGACGCAGACCAAACAUGGUGCAUGUCUACAACUGCCAUCCUUUCUCCUCACAGCAGAUAGUAAAGGUGGAGCAGGAGCCUGGACUGAUCUGCUGUGGAGGUGGAGCCCUGUUCGUGGUGGCUGCUGGAGGAUGCAAGGUGGAUGCCUACAGUGUGGAGAAGGAGGGCUGCCCUCUCAUCUGUCGCUUUGCCACCAUGGGCACUGUGAAGAACAUCCAGCACAGCAAGAUAGGAGAUUACCUGGUGACAAUCGAGGAGAAAAACAGCGCCACCUACCUGAGAGCCUACACCAACUGGCGCCAUCAGGCGGAGGGAAAGGCCCGUGUCGGGGUGCGCUUGUUGGGCCACCUGCUGGGUGGGGCGUCUGUGCGUGGCGGAGUGCAGAUGGAGAUCAUUGAGAUCCCUCUGUCAGAGCGCCCUGUUGCUGUGGCGUGUUGCUCAGUAACAGGAGACCUUGUGGUCGGCUGUGAGAGCACGCUGGUUCUGUUUGCUUUGAGGAGACAGAGCCAGCUGAGCCUGAAUGAAAGUCUGCAGAGUUCCAGUCUGGGUCAAGAUCAGAUCAUAUGUUCAAACCAGAAUUUUCUUGAUUUUGAACGCUUAGUUGUCCUGCAUCUUCCAAAAAUCAAGCCGAAACAGGUGGCGCUUUGUGGAAGAUAUGUGGCAGUUCAGGCGGAGCUGGAAGUGCUGGUUUUAAAACUGGACAUAUCCUCUGAAUCUAAAACCCUGGAAGAAUCAUCGGACACAAAGAAAACAGAUCAUCUGGAAGACCAGGCAGACUUUCAGGUCCUUCUGAGACACCAGGAGUUGCUCGGUGAUCGAGCUAAAAACUGUGACAUUCCUGUUCGCGUCGAAAAGACCGGCCUGGAGGACAGCACAGGGCAAUGCACUCUGUCUUAUGUUCUCUUCAGGCGUUUUACUCCAGACUUCUUCCAGGGCUGCAGUGUGGAGGAGACUCAACUCCACUCUCUACAGCUCUACCCGCUGUUCACCGGUAACCAGUCAGAAUCUCUGGAAGAACCAUUGUGCAUAUUCUGCUUCUUCUCUCUCCCGUCCGCUGGCUACCUGUACAGUCUGAAGGGCGGCGUCGAGCUCCUCUCGGCCUAUCAGUAUCCAGAGAAGGUCCUGAAGGCGGUGCUAACAGACCACCUGUUGCACGUCAUAACAAAGAGUGCAUUGCAGUGUUUCACCGUGCGCUGUGCGGCAGUAGCAGCCAGGAUGGAAGACCCCUACAUCGAUACCACCAUGAAGGCCUGUCCACCCUGCAGCCUGGAGGUGUGUGCGCUCAGGUUGCAGCUGUUCAUUGGUCUGCGCUCAGUGUGUGUCUCCGGCCGCCAUGUUAUCCUGCUCUCCACCGCCGACACGGAGGCACCAGAGGAAUCAGAACGCACCCCACAACGCAGAUGCCUGAGCAGGAAGUGGACAAUCUCUUCCCCCAAAGAAACCAGCACUGCAGGACACGGAUGGAACCUCUAUGUGGUCGACACUGUCUCCCCACUCACUCUCUACCAAGAGAUGGUGGAAUACAGCGAGCGGUACGCGGAGACCAACCCACAGGCUCAAAGUCUUCGGCACCUGCUGAGCGAAGCUCACCUCCUCAUCCGCAGCGCCUUACUCCAAACAUCAGAGCAGCAACCACGCGUUGAGGGAGACCCCGCGCUGUCUCUGCAGACAGAUGCAGAUGGACCAGCUGAGAAGCAGACAGCUGUACAGACAGACAGACAAGAACUGGAGGAGGCACUCCGACAAAACUGUGCACAGCUGGGAGACUGUUUCAGCAGGGCGAGUCAGAAGGACUGCCACCUGGCUCUGCCGUACUACAGGAUGUCUGAUCUGUCAGUCACAGAGAUCACGGCCAGGAACCGGCCGCUUCCCAGCAGCCCUCACUCCUACGGCCCCGGGUUCCUCUUCUACCUGAAGCAUUACCUGUUUGAAGAAACAGAGCAGACUCUCAGUCGGGAGGCAGCUGAUGAGGUCAUAGAGAUUUUCAGCCAAUCCGAGCCCUCACAGCUUGUCAGUGUGUGUGCCAGCCCGUCCCUGAUAAACAUCAGUCCUGCCCAGACCCUGCAAAUCCUACAACAUCUGGAAGACAAAGCUGGCGUCUCUGUUCCUUUGACAACCACCAUGGCAACCAUGAUGCUGCGUUUGGACGACAUGCCACAGUACACACAUCUGAUGGAAAGACACGCUGAGAUGCUGCUGGUCUACGGGUUCAUUGAGGAGCCAAGACUGUUGCUGCAUGGCGGCGGUGGAGGCCAGCACACCCAAACCCGUCCCACGGCGUUGACCCGCCAAUUGGCGAAGUCCCAACCAGGACUGCUUGUGGCCGCCGUGGUGGCUUUACAUGAAAACAACAAAGUUCAGCUGGAGCAGGCUGAUCACAUCUUCAAGGAGCUGGGCUGUGAGAACUGCUUACAGGUGGAUUUCUGGGAGGCGAUGCUCAUGGCCUCCUCACAGGAAACUCUCAUCCAGGAACUUCUGUUCCGAGUGGCGUCUGUCUACAUCGACCGACUGACGAGUACAACCUCGGAUACACACAGCAACAAACCACACGCACCUUCAAGACGCAGGCCACUGAAGAGUGCUGACGAUCUGAUAAACUCGUGCUCCCAUUACGGCGCUCUCUACCCGUGGCUCACUGUUCUCAAUCCAGCGCACACCACCAGCUCUCAACACCAGGAGGCGCUAUACAAACUGCAGGCUCUCCUGUGUGGUCCGUCCCUGUCAGUGGGCUCCAUCAUGCCCCUGAUGGAGCGUCUUUCAGAGGAAACCUUAUGGGGCUUCAGCCUGCACCUCCUCUGUGCUACCAGGGCGGGUCAAUAUGACAGCAGCAUUGAAAAGCUGCUGGACCGAUGUCCUCAGGCCAUCAUAGCCUACGCUAACCACCAGUUACAAGACAAGCAUAUGGCGUUAUGGUGGCAGAAGCUGCUCCCAGAGCUUUGUAACAGGACGAGAGCUGCCGCAGACAACAGCAUCCUAUUGGCCGCUCUCAAAGAGACGCUGGUCGUGGUUGCCAUGGAGACGAGUCCAACAGAGUUUCUGGAACUGAUGCCUGAGGAUGGUACCGCCUCAUACUUCCUGCCUCACUUGUUGACAUGUAGCCAGAGACACAUGCAGGCCUGAAAGACAAGUAUACGGUUCGUACUGAGCAGUCGCCGGCAAUCCAACUGCUGCUCCGGAGCAGUCGGGGAUUGAGUGAUUUUCUCAAAAGACCCUCUCCAGUGCUGCUUGAGGAUGACUCGACAAACAACAAACAUUUAACGUUGCACAGAUUUCUCAAGAGAUUACAAUCAACCUUUCGUUUGCUGUUGAAGUUUAAAUGCCUGUUGCUUGACAGCCUUGUUAUGUGAGAUGUUUCUCAGGAAGAAUAAAGUCAUCUGUUUGCUUCUGUCUCCGUUGACUGACA